AUGGCUAAAGAUUGGGACAAGUACGUGCCGCCAGAAGAAGAAACAGACAAUGUCGUUCCGCUCAGCGAGGGCGACAUCCAAGUGCUCAAGACAUAUGGCGCUGCGCCUUACGCACGCCAGCUCAAGCUGAUUGAGGCGGAUCUCAAAGACAUUGAGGACAGAAUCAAAGAGAACAUUGGCGUGACCGAGUCGGACACCGGGUUGUCGGCGCCGCAUCUCUGGGACGUCAUGGGCGACAAGCAGCGCAUGUCGCAAGAGCAGCCGCUCCAGGUGGCUCGGUGUACGAAAAUCAUCGAGGCCACCAGUUCGGCGCAGCUGGGGUUGCUUGCCAACGCCGACAACAAGAGCAAGUACGUGAUCAACAUCAAGCAGAUCGCCAAGUUUGUGGUUGGCUUGGGCGAGCGUGUGUCGCCCACCGAUAUCGAGGAGGGCAUGCGUGUGGGUGUGGACAGACAAAAGUACGAGAUCCAGCUUCCCUUGCCGCCUCGGAUCGACCCGUCCGUGACGAUGAUGACCGUUGAGGAGAAGCCCGACGUCACUUACGGCGACAUUGGCGGCUGCAAAGAGCAGAUCGAGAAGUUGCGUGAGGUGGUGGAGCUCCCGCUUCUCGCGCCGGAGCGGUUUGUCAAGUUGGGUAUUGACCCGCCCAAGGGCAUUCUUUUGUACGGGCCUCCGGGCACAGGCAAAACGCUUUGCGCACGUGCCGUGGCCAACAGAACCGACGCGACGUUUAUCCGUGUCAUUGGCUCCGAGCUCGUCCAGAAGUAUGUGGGAGAAGGUGCCCGUAUGGUGCGCGAGUUGUUCGAAAUGGCUCGCACGAAAAAGGCGUGCAUCAUUUUCUUUGACGAGGUGGACGCCAUUGGCGGAGCCCGUUUUGACGACGGCGCCGGCGGCGACAACGAGGUGCAGCGCACCAUGUUGGAGUUGAUCACGCAGUUGGACGGAUUCGACCCCCGUGGUAACAUCAAGGUGAUGUUCGCCACCAACAGACCCAACACUUUAGACCCGGCGUUGUUGCGUCCCGGCAGAAUCGACCGGAAAGUCGAGUUCUCCUUGCCCGACUUGGAAGGCCGUGCCAACAUCUUCCGUAUCCACGCGAAAACCAUGAGUUGUGAGAAGGACAUCCGGUGGGAGUUGAUCUCGCGCUUGUGCCCGAACGCCACUGGUGCAGAGUUGCGCUCUGUGUGUACGGAGGCAGGCAUGUUUGCCAUUCGUGCCAGAAGAAAGGUGGCUUCCGAGAAAGAUUUCUUGCAGGCCGUGGAUAAGGUGAUCAAGGGUAACUUGAAGUUCAGCUCAACACUGCAGUACAUGCAAUACAACUAG